AGAUCACCGUGAACACACCCUCUGUCUAUUUCAACCGUACCAGCAGAAUAUCCAUGUCUAACAAUUUUAGAGUAUUGGGGGAUGCAAUUUUCCACUUCAGUCAAAUAAAACAUACACAUCAUAUGUAGCCUAUUUCUUUUGGCAAAGCGUCAGUAACCCAACGUCUCGUCUAAUUCCUCUGCUUUUUUUUUUAAUUUUGUGACAAACAGUCCAUUUUAAACUUCCCCCAAUCGAGUUUGAAUUCGGUGCAAGCAGUAUUCUGGGAUAGAAAGACUCCCCAAGCCAGAAAAUCACAUGAUCAAUGGUCUCCUUGGAAACGCAUUCUAAGCAAGGCUUUUCAUCCAAUCAAAAACCUCUGAUGCUAAAACGCAGGCGAAUGAAAUUCGAGCGGCGGAUGAUUUAAACACAAAUCUAUGUGGUUGCUUUAGUGUGUUGCAGGACAACAAGAGUUUGAGUGUAUGUUUUUUGGUUGUACGUGAUUAAGUCUGUUUUAAUCGUCGAAAAUGGCUCUUCGUAUGACUAGAAAUUCCCAGCUGAGUGCCGAAAACAGGACGGCUGUACCAGGUAAGGGAGUCGUCGUCGCAUCAAAACCGGGAUUGAGGCCCAGAGCUGCGCUUGGAGAUAUUGGCAAUAAGGGGCCAGCCUUCAAACCACCUCAAAAAAAGGAAAUCAAACCUGUCGCUACUAAAGUAAUUCAGCGACAAGCCAGCAAGUCUGAAAAUGCCUUUGAAGCAAAAGUACCUAAGAGAACUGCAGCCAAGCAGGUUACUGAAGAGUUGCUUCCAUCUCCAACCCCAAUGGAGACAUCAGGCUGUGCACCUGCGGAGGACUUGUGCCAGGCCUUUUCAGAUGUGCUACUGAAUAUCAAGGAUGUUGAUGCAGAUGAUACUGAGAACCCAAUGCUCUGCAGUGAAUAUGUGAAGGACAUCUACAACUACCUAAGACAGGUUGAGGUGGAGCAGGCUGUAAGGCCGAAGUACCUGCAGGGACAGGAAGUCACUGGGAAUAUGCGUGCUAUACUGAUUGACUGGCUAGUGCAGGUUCAGAUGAAAUUCAAGCUUCUUCAAGAGACCAUGUAUAUGACUGUUGGGAUAAUUGAUCGCUUCCUUCAGGCUAAUCCAGUGCCCAAGAAGAUGUUGCAGCUUGUUGGCGUGACUGCUAUGUUGCUGGCCUCCAAAUAUGAGGAGAUGUAUCCUCCAGAGAUUGCAGACUUUGCGUUUGUUACCGACCACACUUAUACCACGGCUCAGAUCAGAGCUAUGGAAAUGAAGAUCCUGAGGGUGCUGCACUUUGGCUUUGGGCGUCCAAUUCCCCUGCAGUUUCUGAGACGGGCUUCCAAAAUUGGAGAAGUAACUGCAGAGCAGCACACCCUAGCUAAAUAUCUAAUGGAGCUGACCAUGGUGGAUUAUGAAAUGGUGCACUAUCCCCCAUCCCAGAUUGCUGCUGCUGCUCUUGCAUUGACCUUAAAUAUUCUCAACUGUGGUGAAUGGAGCCCUACUCUGCAACAUCACAUGAACUACACUGAAAGCUGUCUGGUUCCUGUGAUGCAGCACAUGGCUAAAAAUGUUGUGAGGGUCAAUGAAGGACUCUCAAAACACAUGGCUGUCCGGAACAAGUAUGCAAGCCAGAAGCUAAUGAAGAUCAGCACUAUUCCCCAGCUAAAGUCUGCAGUACUCCAGAAUCUGGCAAAAUCACUGGCCUCUUAAAUACUGUCUCUGUACAGAUCUUUCAAUUGUAUAGUCUUGGCACUAUGUGCUGUUGUAAAUGUUGUCUUAUGCAUGGCUUUUAUAAAUUUUAAUAAAGUUUUUUUUCUAUACAUUGUCUCCCUUCAUCCAUUUAAGUGGUAACUGCUUUUUGCAAAAACAUUCCUCCCAUAGGCA